CGUGGUUAAAGUUGAACACUUCUCUCUCCCCCUGCUCUUAUCGUCUCUGGCGCUCACAUUAUUCAAUUUUUCUAGAGAGAGAAACCGAAGCUUCCCCCAUUUAAAUAAACCACCACAUAUCACACAAACUCACAGCUAUGAUGGUCUUCGGUCACUCAUCCACCGGAACUGGUUUUCUUCCGGCUAAACAACAGAUUUUUCCGGUCGACUACGAAGCCGAACUCUCUCAACGCCUCCUCGAAGCCUCCAUUUCCGGCGACCUCAACUCUGCCUUUGACUGCGUUGACGAUCCCUACGUUGACGUCAACUUCGUCGGCGCUGUUUCCGUUAAAAUUCGUACGGCGGAGCUUCACUGCGCCGGUGAGUCGGAAAAUGUCGUGCGGUUUGAGUAUCAAGAGUUUAAAUCUGACGUCACUGCUUUGUUUGUUGCGGUGGUUACUGGAAAUGUCAGACUUGUGAGGAAGUUGCUGAGCCGUGGAGCCGAUGUGAAUCAGAAACUUUUUAGAGGCUUUUCAAUGACAGCGGCUGUAAGGGAGGGCCAUCUUGAGAUCUUUGAGAUCUUACUCAAAGCCGGUGCCUCUCAACUUUCUUGUGAAGAAGCUCUAUUAGAGGCCAGCUGUCACGGGCGAGGUGGCAGUUUUAUCGAGUUGCUAAUGGCUUCUGAUCUGAUAAGGCCCCAUAUCGCUGUGCAUGCUCUUGUCACUGCAUGUUGCAGAGGCUUUAUCGACGUUGUUGAUGCUCUCUUGAAGUGUGGUGUAGAUAUAAACGCAUCUGCUAGAGUGCUGCUUUGCUCAUCUAAGCCUUCUCUCCAUACGAAUACUAACUGCACACCGCUUGUAGCCGCAGUUGUUAGUAGACAAGUUGCCGUUGUACGUCUGCUUUUACAGGCGGGGUCGAAUGUCAACAUCAAGGUCCAGUUAGGAGCAUGGUCAUGGGACACAGCUUCAGGUGACGAAUUUCGGGUCGGUGCAGGACUAUCCGAACCCUACGCGAUCACUUGGUGUGCAGUAGAGUACUUUGAAGCUAGUGGUUCCAUAUUGCAAAUGUUACUCCAACACCUCCCCCUCAACACAUGUCACAAUGCUAGAACUCUCCUACAUCACGCGGUACUUUGCGGCAACACAGGAGCCGUAAAAACACUUGUACAAUGCGGGUCCCACAUCGAAUUCCCAAUCAAAACCACACAAAAAGAUGAAACCCGAGCGAUACACUUAGCUGCACGUCUUGGGUUUCCAUUGGUUCUUCAGUUGUUAAUAGACUCUGGUUGUGAUAUUAAUUCAAGAACCAAACUCAAUGGUAACACUGCUUUAAUGAUAUGUGCUAAGUUUAAACGAGAAGAGUGUGUCCGAGUCUUGACCAAAGCUGGCGCUGACCUCGGUUUGACCAACUUGACUGGUCAAUCGGCUCAGUCUAUUGCUGAAUCGAAUCGAUGGUCUCUUGGCUUUCAAAAAGCAGUGUUGGACGUUAUAAGAUCGGGUACGGUACCCACAUCUAGUAACAAGGCUGUCUUUUCGCCUUUGAUGUUUGUAGCUCAUUCAGGAGAUGUGCAAGCUUUGAAAGCUUUGAUUUCUCGAGACGAUGUUAAUCUCGAUGAUCAGGACGAAAAGGGGUUUUCGGCGGUUAUGGUGACUGCAAUGAAAGGUUAUAUAGAAAGCUUUAGGGUUCUUGUGUAUGCGGGAUGUGACGUGAAGCUUACUAAUAAGGCUGGUGAGACCGCGAUUUCUCUAUCGAAAAUGAAUGAGAAUUCGGACAUGUUUGAGAAGGUAAUGAUCGAGUUUACGUUAGAGAAAGGUAACCAAAAUGCUAGAGGGUUUUAUCCUCUACAUUAUGCUGCACGUCAUGGAGAUAUGCACGCGGUCAAACUGUUGACCAGUAGGGGAUAUGAUGUAAACAUCCCCGACGGGGAUGGAUACACACCCCUCAUGUUAGCCGCAAGAGAAAACAAUGGACAAAUGUGUGAACUAUUGAUCUCGUGUGGGUCGGUUUGUGGCUACAAAAAUUCAAAAGGGGAAACCGCACUCUCACUUGCGAGAAAACACGCAGAGAACACUACGGAGUGUGUGAUACUAGAUGAGCUUGCUAGGGUACUAGUUCUUCGUGGCGAGAACGUGUUGAAACAUACAAAGGGAGGAAAAGGCGGUUCACAUAGGAAAGAUUUGAAAAUGACAAGUGAAGGGGUCUUAAGAUGGGGGGAUUCGAGUAGUAGAAACGUCGUUUGUCGCGAAGCUGAGGUGGGACCGAGUGUCGGUUUUGUGAGGUGUAGGAGGAAGAAGGGAGAUGCUGACAUGGCGGGGGUGUUCCGGGUGGUGACGGUGAAGAACAAAGAGGUGCAUUUUGUUUGUGAUGGUGGGUUAGAAAUGGCAGGGUUGUGGGUUAGGGGGAUAAAGCUUGUGACAAGAGAUGUGAGAAAAAAUGAUUAGAGAGGUAGCAAAUCCUUCUUUAAAGCUUUUGUAUGUAUAGAUAAUUAGUUAUGGUACCAUGAAAGCAUGAAAUACUUCGUCUUGAAGUAUUAUUUUUCAUUGAAUAAAAGCAAUAUGAUGAAUACUAAUCUCAUUUGUU